GGCGCUCGAGAGGUGAGCGCGGCCGCCCCGCGGGCCGUGCGCUCCGAGACGGGACUCGAAGUAGAACUUGCAGCGCGCGCUCGAGUCGCCCACCCCCUCCCCCGAGUGCGGGCCGGCUGGCCGUGCCCCGCGGACUCUCCCCGGGCACCCACCACUCCUCUAGGCGCUGCUCUAGCCAUGGGCAGCUUCCAGCUGGAAGACUUCGCGGCGGGCUGGAUCGGAGGUGCAGCCAGCGUCAUUGUGGGCCACCCUCUGGACACGGUCAAGACGCGCCUGCAGGCCGGUGUCAACUAUGGGAACACCUUCAGCUGCAUCCGCACCGUGUACCGGAGGGAGAGUGUCUUUGGCUUCUUCAAGGGCAUGUCCUUUCCCCUGGCCAGCAUCGCCAUCUACAACUCGGUGGUGUUCGGGGUCUUCAGUAACAUGCAGAGGUUCCUUAGCCAGCAUCGCUGCAGGGAGCCUGGAGCCAGCCCGUCCGGCACCCUCUCUGACCUGCUCCUGGCCAGCGUGGUGGCCGGCACAGUCUCCGUGGGGCUGGGCACGCCCGUAGACCUCGUCAAGAUCCGGCUGCAGAUGCAAACACAGCCGCUUCGGGAAGCCCACCUUGGUUUGCGAGCCGGGGCGGUGGCUCUUGGGAAGCCGCCGGUCUAUCAGGGGCCUGUGGAUUGCAUUGCAAGCAUCGUGCGGACCGAGGGCCUGGCAGGGAUGUACCGGGGCGUUGGCGCCAUGCUGCUGAGGGACGUCCCCGGCUAUUGCCUCUACUUCAUCCCCUACGUGUUCCUGAAUGACUGGAUCACGCCCGAGGCCUGCACAGGCCCCAGCCCCUGUGCGGUGUGGCUGGCAGGCGGCAUGGCAGGAGCAAUUUCUUGGGGGACAGCGACUCCUAUGGAUGUCGUGAAAAGCCGACUCCAAGCUGAUGGGGUUUAUUUAAACAAAUACAAAGGUGUCCUGGAUUGUAUCUGCCAGAGUUACCAGAAGGAAGGUCUUAAAGUGUUUUUCAGAGGCAUCACGGUGAACGCUGUGCGCGGCUUCCCCAUGAGCGCCGCCAUGUUCCUUGGGUAUGAGCUCUCACUACAAGCGAUCCGCGGGGACCAUGCUGUGACCAGCCCCUGAGCGCCAGGUUGGUCCUGAAGGCACAGGAUCUCAAGAUGCUUCAGUAGUGAACUUACUGAAGAGAAAGAAGGCCUCCCUCCGCCCAGGCUGUGGGUCAGGUGGGCACUCAGCCAUCCGUGCCAACCUCCGAGGACUCUGUUCCUUACCUCCCAGCCAGGGCCCCUCCGCUGCUGCCUGGGAGGGAACUGUCGGACCAUAGACUGGCCACCAGCUCUUUCUGAUCCACACUGGCCCCAGUACAGAGCAGGAUAAAAUCGUUCCUGUCCCCAUGCCUGCUGUUACACUCACUGGGAGUUCAUGGAGGAGCUCAAUUGUCUCCGUUUCCAAAUAAAAACACUGAAAACCUCUUCGGGUCAUUACCGAAUCAGAUACUUCUGCCUGGCUUCCACGGGACCCUGGCCACCCUCGCUCUUCCCUCUGUUGAGAUCCCUGUGGAUGGUGCUGGCCCAAAGAACCCACUCCACGCAGGUGAGAGGAGAAACCAAGGAUGGUGGUCAUGCUUCUCUAGGCCCCGCUGCCUCGGGUGGGCAAGGAGGGCACCCUGGAGGGAGAGGACACCCUUGAGAGCCUCCCCACCUGACUCCCGUGACCCAUGCCAACGGGGUGCCUCGGAGGGGUGUCAGUGAGCAUGCUGGGGUGGGCAUUCUCUGUGCCCUAAUUUCACAUGGAGAACAAAGCAAAAUAAAAAUGCUUUGUCCACA